CUGGAUUGCUUUGGCAUAUUGAUUUAUGUAUUGUUUAGUCACACCUCACAAGUGAUAUCUUGUCUCUCCCUUUUUACUCUCUUUACUUCAUCUUCUUCAUCCUCACCCUCCCCCCAUCUUAUAUACUUUCUCUUUUUUCAUUUUGGUGAUUUUGUUCAGUCAUCUCCUUCCACUUAUUCUUCUUCUUCCCUUUUCCCUCAUCAUCACCUUUAUUUCCCUUUCUCUCUCUCUCUCUCUCUCAUAAUUUUCCCAUCUAGCCAAACACACUACUGUUCCUCCCCUCUUCCUUUCCCUCAUGUCUGAUCAAUAUCCCUACUCCAAUUACUUCCAUGGAUGGACCUUUAACCUCAAUUCUCUACACCACCAUUUCUCUUCCUCAAAUCCUCCUUCCUUCAACUUCACUGCUCCUUAUCAUCCCUGCAAUAAUAUCUUAUCAGCUAACAUCAACAGUAGUAUAACUCAUCACUACUGUCACAUACCAUCGUCCUCCUCAAUAUCACCUCCUUCUCCUCCUCUCUUGGAAGCCCUUCCUCUUCUCAGUUCCAGCCCAGUAAGGCACGAUCACGAACAGGAGUUCUCCUCCUCUACCAUGGAAGUCGACGACUACAAGAAUAUAAGCAAGGAUAAAGAAGACAGUGCGGCUGCUUCUGUAGAUAUUGAUGACGGUGAUCAUGAGAGUGUUACAGUUGCUCUGCAUUUAGGGCUCCCCAGUCCUGAUUUGAUUUCAGGGUUUUCCUCUACAGAGAUCACGGAGAAAGAUGAAGAUCAAGACCAAGAUCAAGUUAGUACUGUUGCAGCUUCUUCAAAUUCUUCUGGGUUUUUGCCAGGAAAACUCAACAAGGGUCAGUAUUGGAUCCCUACGCCUACCCAGAUUCUGAUCGGUCCUACCCAGUUCUCUUGUCCUCUUUGCUUCAAGACCUUCAACAGAUACAACAACAUGCAGAUGCAUAUGUGGGGACAUGGAUCACAGUACAGAAAAGGGCCAGAAUCGUUGCGAGGAACACAACCAACAGCGAUGCUAAGAUUGCCAUGUUACUGCUGUGCGCCGGGUUGCCGGAACAACAUCGAUCAUCCGCGGGCGAAGCCGCUGAAAGAUUUCAGAACUCUGCAAACACAUUACAAGAGAAAGCACGGGAUUAAGCCUUUCAUGUGCAGAAAAUGCGGCAAGAAUUUUGCGGUGAGAGGUGAUUGGAGAACGCACGAGAAGAAUUGUGGGAAGCUUUGGUACUGCAUUUGCGGUUCUGAUUUUAAGCAUAAGAGGUCGCUUAAGGAUCAUAUCAAGGCUUUUGGAAAUGGCCAUGCUGCUCAUGGCAUCCACUGUUUUGGUCAUCAGGAAGAAGAUGACCCAGCUUCUGAGAUUGAGCAAGAUAAUGAGACAUGCAGUAUUGAUCAGUGAAAACAUCUGGUACACAAAUUAAACGUUUAGUUUCCCUAAUUGCCUCACUUUCAUGGCUCAUGACAACUAGAUAUAGAUAUAUAUAUAUAUAUAUACACUACUGCUUGAUCAUGAAAGCCAUGUUCUUUUUCUUUUUCUUUUUUCCUUUCUUCUUCUUUUUGCUUCUUCACUUCAUUAUUAUAUAAGUUAGGUUUCUUAAUAGUGUAUUAAUUUGCAGACCCUGCUGAUAACCCA